CUUUGUCUCAGAUAAAUUAUUCACCAAAACCUCCACUGACUCAAAUUCUAAAGGUUACAAAACCACACCCUAAUUGUAAUCAACCUGUGUUGCAACUGCUGAGUUGGUUAAUGUGUAUUUGAAAGUCACUGAUUAUCCUGAGUAAUGAAAUAUUGCCUCAUAGUACAUGUUAGCCAAUAUUCAUUCAGAAGAGAGAUUAAAAUGCUUCUUUCUGACGGGUCACAGAGUCAGAAUCACAGGUGGAUUGGCAGGGAGUGUCAUAAAAGCCUUAAAGUGAAAGCCUACAGUUGUCUUACUAAGAAGAGAAGCCUUCAAUGGAUCCAGCUGUGGCUCUGGUGCUCUGUCUCUCCUGUUUGUUUCUCCUUUCACUCUGGAGUCAGAGCUCUGGAAGAGGGAGGCUCCUGUUUGGCCCUACUCCUCUCCUGAUUAUUGGAAAUAUCCUGCAGUUAGAUGUUAAGGACAUGAGCAAAUCCUUAACCAAUGCUCCCACCAAGUACAGUGAAACUGGAAUGUACAGAGUGGACAAUGGAACGAAGGAGAACAAGACCAAAGGACAUUUUAUUUUUAUCUCUAUCAGUGGGUCAAAGUCCUUUCAGAAGGAGCAUAUAGUUGACCUAGGUGAUUGGUCAAUUUAUCCAUCAAAGAGGCACACACCGAAUUAGCAUGGAGUGUCAUAAAAGGCUUGGAGUGCAAGCUCAUGGUUGUCUUAACAAGAAGAGAAGGCUUCAAUGGAUUCUCUUGUGGUCCUUGUGCUCUGUCUCUCAUGUUUGCUUCUCCUUUCACUCUGGAGACAGAGCUCUGGGAGAGGAAAACUCCCUCCUGGCCCCACUCCUCUCCCAGUGAUUGGAAAUAUCCUACAGAUAGGUAUUAAGGACAUCAGCAAAUCCUUAACCAAUCUCUCAAAGGUCUAUGGCCCUGUGUUCACUCUGUAUUUUGGCCUGAAACCCAUAGUGGUGCUGCAUGGAUAUGAAGCAGUGAAGGAAGCCCUGAUUGAUCUUGGAGAGGAGUUUUCUGGAAGAGGCAUUUUCCCACUGGCUGAAAGAGCUAACAGAGGAUUUGGAAUUGUUUUCAGCAAUGGAAAGAAAUGGAAGGAGAUCCGGCGUUUCUCCCUCAUGACGCUGCGGAAUUUUGGGAUGGGGAAGAGGAGCAUUGAGGACCGUGUUCAAGAGGAAGCCCGCUGCCUUGUGGAGGAGUUGAGAAAAACCAAGGCCUCACCCUGUGAUCCCACUUUCAUCCUGGGCUGUGCUCCCUGCAAUGUGAUCUGCUCCAUUAUUUUCCAUAAACGUUUUGAUUAUAAAGAUCAGCAAUUUCUUAACUUGAUGGAAAAGUUGAAUGAAAACGUCAAGAUUUUGAGCAGCCCCUGGAUCCAGAUCUGCAAUAAUUUUUCUCCUAUCAUUGAUUACUUCCCGGGAACUCACAACAAAUUACUUAAAAACGUUGCUUUUAUGAAAAGUUAUAUUUUGGAGAAAGUAAAAGAACACCAAGAAUCGAUGGACAUGAACAACCCUCAGGACUUUAUUGAUUGCUUCCUGAUGAAAAUGGAGAAGGAAAAGCACAACCAACCAUCUGAAUUUACUAUUGAAAGCUUGGAAAACACUGCAGUUGACUUGUUUGGAGCUGGGACAGAGACGACAAGCACAACCCUGAGAUAUGCUCUCCUUCUCCUGCUGAAGCACCCAGAGGUCACAGCUAAAGUCCAGGAAGAGAUUGAACGUGUGAUUGGCAGAAACCGGAGCCCCUGCAUGCAGGACAGGAGCCACAUGCCCUACACAGAUGCUGUGGUGCACGAGGUCCAGAGAUACAUUGACCUUCUCCCCACCAGCCUGCCCCAUGCAGUGACCUGUGACAUUAAAUUCAGAAACUAUCUCAUUCCCAAGGGCACAACCAUAUUAAUUUCCCUGACUUCUGUGCUACAUGACAACAAAGAAUUUCCCAACCCAGAGAUGUUUGACCCUCAUCACUUUCUGGAUGAAGGUGGCAAUUUUAAGAAAAGUAACUACUUCAUGCCUUUCUCAGCAGGAAAACGGAUUUGUGUGGGAGAAGCCCUGGCCCGCAUGGAGCUGUUUUUAUUUCUGACCUCCAUUUUACAGAACUUUAACCUGAAAUCUCUGGUUGACCCAAAGAACCUUGACACCACUCCAGUUGUCAAUGGAUUUGCCUCUGUGCCGCCCUUCUACCAGCUGUGCUUCAUUCCUGUCUGAAGAAGAGCAGAUGGCCUGGCUGCUGCUGUGCAGUCCCUGCAGCUGUCUUUCCUCUGGGGCGUUAUCCAUCUUUCACUAUCUGUAAUGCCUUUUCUCACCUGUCAUCUCACAUUUUCCCUUCCCUGAAGAUCUAGUGAACAUUCGACCUCCAUUACGGAGAGUUUCCUAUGUUUCACUGUGCAAAUAUAUCUGCUAUUCUCCAUACUCUGUAACAGUUGCAUUGACUGUCACAUAAUGCUCAUACUUAUCUAAUGUUGAGUUAUUAAUAUGUUAUUAUUAAAUAGAGAAAUAUGAUUUGUGUAUUAUAAUUCAAAGGCAUUUCUUUUCUGCAUGUUCUAAAUAAAAAGCAUUAUUAUUUGCUGA